CUGAGGAACAGAGCAGGAAGUGAACAGGAUCUGAUAAACACAAGUCUUGAAGUGGUUUGACAUUUGAGACUGUGGUACAGUUAUAUUAGCUGCCCUCCUUACAGAUCAAAUAAUAAUAUAUCAUAGAGUCAUAUUGACAUGAAGGGCACAUUAGAGCUGAUGCAGCGGGUGAGCGCGCACCCGGACGCGCACUGCUGGUAUGUCUCGUGGAACCCCGCGGGCACACUGCUGGCAUCAUGUGGCGGUGACCGCGCAAUAAGAAUAUGGGGCAAAGAAGGAGACAGUUGGAAAUGUAAGUGUGUUCUGGCAGAUGGUCAUCAGCGUACGGUCAGAAAGGUGGCCUGGUCACCCUGCGGCAAUUAUCUGGCAUCAGCAAGCUUUGAUGCCACCACAUGCAUCUGGAAGAAGAUCAAUGAUGAAUUCGAGUCUCUGACAGUGCUAGAGGGUCAUGAGAAUGAAGUGAAGUGCGUGGCAUGGGCUCCGUCCGGAAACUUACUGGCCACCUGCAGCAGAGAUAAAAGUGUGUGGAUUUGGGAAGUUGACGAGGAAGAUGAAUAUGAGUGUGUGAGUGUCGUAAAUUCACACACACAAGACGUGAAGCAUGUUGUUUGGCACCCGACACAGGAGCUUCUUGCUUCAGCCAGCUAUGACAACAAGGUGUGUAUUUAUAAAGAGGAAGAUGAUGACUGGGAAUGUAGAGCAACGUUAGAGGGACAUACCUCCACUGUCUGGAGUCUGACCUUUGACCCUGAGGGACAGAGAUUGGCGUCUUGUAGUGAUGACCGUACUGUGAAGAUCUGGAGAGAGUCCACAGCUGAAGAUGGUUCGACAGAAAAGUCGUGGAAGUGUGUAUGUACCUUGUCUGGAUUCCACGGGAGAACGGUGUAUGAUGUUGCAUGGUGUCGUCUGACCGGUGCCUUGGCCACAGCGUGUGGCGAUGAUGGAGUCCGUGUGUUCACUGAAGACCCCACAGCUGACUCCGAGCAGCCCAUCUUCUUCCUCUCGGCCCACACGGCCAAAGCGCACAGUCAGGACGUCAACUGCGUGGCGUGGAAUCCAAAGGAUGCGGGAGUGCUCGCGACCUGCAGUGACAACGGAGAAUUUGCCAUCUGGAAGUACAAUUCUGACGCCUGAACUAGUGAAUGAAACUGUGAUCAGAAGAAAGCACUGAGUCAGUUUAAACUAAUGGGGAUUAAGCGUUUUUUUUUUUUUUUUAUUCUUCUGUAAUAAGAGUCUUUCGGUUUAUUGUGUGUUUUGAAAGCACUGGUCAAAUUGUUGACAACACACUGACAGUUUUAACCCCACUCAUUUUCUGUAACAAUUCAUGUUAAUUUUGCCAUCAAGUUGUAGUUUGGUGGGUAAGUUGGUACAUUUCAGAAUUGUUUAACUGAACAGAUUCCAUUGUCUAUACUUGCAUCUGCAAAGACAUCCAGCUUUUUGCAUUUAGGCUACAAACUUGUCUCCAAUAUCUUCAAAUGAAAUAAAUGCUUAAUGCUGUCGCAGAUACAA